AUGGAUACCCUUAUCUCUCUUAUGAACCAUCCUUACCUGACCAUGAAGUUGGGUCUGAAUGCCGAAUCGAAACGAAACAUUGACGCGAUUUAUCCUAUAACUCUAUUCUUUGCCUUUGGCAUUUAUCUUGUCUACGAACGCUAUCAACAAACACAUAACAGCCCUGUACCAUUCGAAUGCAAGUUUCCAGAGCCUGCCGAUCCUACUUGGGACUCUCUGCAAAUCCAGAACCCGCAUCUAGAGAGUCACCUCGAGCACCCUGAAAUCAUGCCUCCCAUGCAUGUCCCCGAGCGCCGCUGGAUUACGUCCUUUGACCCAUCCAACGGACUGCACAUCGGCACAUUCCUUGCGGACAACGCAGCUGAAAUAAAUGCCAAGAUCGUACGCGCAGAGAACGCGCAAAAGAAGUGGAAAAACACGACUUUCCAGCAGCGCCGGCGCGUCGUUCGAAGCUUGCUUAAGUGGCUUGUCGAUAAUCAGGAUACAUGUGCGCGUGUGGCUUGUCGCGAUACCGGUAAAACAUUGAUCGAUGCUGCGUUGGGUGAAAUCCUAACGACGUGCUCGAAGAUGGAAUGGAUUAUUGAAAAUGGGGAAAGGGCUUUACGACCGGAAACAAGAAGGACUAACUUGAUGCUGUCAUAUAAAAAAUCUCAAGUCAUUUAUGAACCUCUGGGAGUGGUCGCAGCCAUUGUAUCUUGGAACUACCCAUUGCACAAUGCAUGGUCUCCUAUUUUGGCUGCCAUCUUUGCGGGCAAUGGUGUUGUACUCAAGUGCUCUGAACAUGUCGUGUGGUCUACAACCUGGUUUGUAGCAGCUAUCACAGACUGCCUCAAAGCUUGCGGACAUGAUGGCGAUCUUAUUCAAGUUGUUUGCUGCUACCCCGAACAAGCCGACGCCCUUACGCAGUCCCCAACAAUCAAACACAUCACAUUUAUCGGUUCUGAAACUGUUGGAAGAAAGGUUGCAGUGGCUGCCACCAAGCACCUAACUCCAGUUACCCUCGAACUCGGUGGAAAGGACCCAGCUGUCAUCUUACCUAAAACUGAUCUCAACAAAUGGGCAAGCAUAUGGCUGCGUGGUGUCUAUCAGAACAUGGGUCAGAACUGCAUCGGUAUCGAGCGGCUCAUUGUGCACGUAGACCAAUACGAUGAGCUAUUCGAAAUUUUCUCCCAACGCGUCAACAAAAUGCGUCUCGGCUCCGUCAUGUCGACUGUCCAGGCUGGCUAUGUGAACACAGUGGAAGGCGGUGCAAUGAUUAACGGCGACAGAUUCCGGGGCAUUGAAAAACUCAUCAAAGAUGCGAAUGAAGGAAAUGCCUAUGUUAUUGGUGGUUCAGAGUACAAACACCCUCUCCUUGAGCAUGGCUAUUACUUUGAGCCUACGGUGGUUGGUCCUGUGGAUGUGACCAUGGACAUAGCCAACCAGGAAUUGUUUGCCCCGAUCGCACUUCUGAUGCCUUAUGAAACGGUAGAGGAAGCCAUUGAAAUUGCAAACGGAACUCGCUAUGGCCUUGGUGCUAGUGUAUUUGGCCCUGACCAGGAAGACUGUCUGAAAGUUGCCAAACAACUAGAAUGCGGAAUGGUGUCCAUCAACGACUUCGGUGGACCCGAAGGACUGCGCUCAUUGACAAAUCCCAAGGCGAUCAUCACUGACCGAUGGCCAUCUCUGGUGCAAACGAGCAUUCCAAAAGUUCUCGAUUAUCCUCUUCGAUCGUUGCGUUCCAGCUGGGAAUUCUCUGCUGGUCUAGUCCGCUUCCUGUACGGCUAUGGGUGGCGCACCAGGAUUGCUGGCCUUUUUACUGUUAUUGGCGCUGCCCGACAGUAG